GCACCGCCUAACUCUGUUUACAGGGCCGUCGAAAAGAUAAAUACUGGAAGCGGCUCUACGCGAAGAUAAUCAUCACUAAACAUGCCGUAUGUACAAGUUGGACGGACGCAUUCUUUUCUAGGGAAAAGAUUGUGGGAAAUUCUAGGCAGCUUGCAGGACUUUGGUGUUGGAAGGAUGGUGGUUCGAAGCCGUUUCGAGAGAUACCCUGAGGUUUGCUACUACAGGAUUGUCAGUGCAAAGCCCCAGAUGGACAAUGGCAGACCACACAUGGAUGAGGACAAUAUGCGAGGCAAAGUUACUGCGGAACAAAUAUUUCGAGGAAAGAACAUAGGCAUUGUGGACAUAUCGAAAGCUUCCUACAAAACAGAUUUCCGGCUAAUACACAAGCAUGAGGAGGCUAAAUAUUUACAAAAAGUUAAAGAAUCUGUACCUUGUGAUGUUAAGAUUUAUCCACAGACUAUGGAUAUGCCCCCUCUUCUGAAGAUGAUUGCAGAGAGAGAGGGACACUCGGCAACCACUCUGAAAGUUAAUCUGAACUCCAAGAAACGUAAUAAUUGUCGCACUGCCAAGGACGGGGAGACCCCCAAUGUUAGCCUUUCCAUUGAUUUAGGAUCCCCUGCUAGUCCAGAGCUUUAUGAAGGUGUCUUAUAAAAAUAAACAUAAAGGUGUUUAGUUUGCAAUGUUGUAUAUAUUUAGUACAUAAGUAUCAUUCAGCUAAUAAAGCUCUAUUCAGUAAA